AUGAGAGAACUUGACCCUGCGCUAUACACUAUAGCAUGGAUCACUCCCUUGGAGAUUGAGGCUCAGGCAGCUCUUCAUAUGCUUGACAAUCGCCACGACGGAAGAUUCCCCAUCAGUCGAGGCGACGACUACGUCUUCCUCGCGGGAGAUAUCAAUGGUCAUAAUAUAGUCAUCGCAACUUUGCCAGCCGGUCAAGAGUAUGGAACCGGAUCAGCCGCUGCUCUUGCUAGCCAAAUCAAAAAGUUCUUCACCAACCUCUGGUUUGGGCUACUCGUUGGAGUCGCGGCAGGUCUGCCGAACCUACAAAAGAUACCGCCAAUCGAUAUACGCCUUGGCGACGUACUUGUUGGACUAUCUGACGGAGAAAGUGCCGGCUUGGUUGCGUAUGACUUGGGAAAAGAGACAACUGAUGGAUUUCAGCUUCUGAGAUCUGGCCGGGUCCUGGCGAAUACAGAAACAGUCAUCAGAUCGGCUAUUGGCAACAUCAAGAUCAGAGCCCCAGAUGACGCUGAUUCCUUCCUCAUGUUCUACAAGGAGAUGAAAGACAAAGAACACCCAGGAGGGACGUUUGCAGAUCCUGGCCAAAAUAAGGAUAUCUUCUACGAUGUCCGUGGCGAUGGAGUUGAUAGACCCGUCCAGAGAAUGCAGCGGCCUACGGAAAGACGAACUCGGGUAUGGUACGGCUGUAUUGGGUCUGGAGACAAAUUGACGAAAAGCACCCUCAAGCGAAAUGAAAUAAGAGACCGUUAUGGGGUGAUCGGUUUGGAGAUGGAGGCUGCAGGGACGAUGAAUCGCAUACCUGUUGGAGUGAUCAGAGGCGUUUGCGACUAUGCCGACCAGCACAAGAAUAAGGAAUGGCAGCCUUAUGCUGCCGCAAUGGCCGCAGCGUAUGCGAAAGCUGUAGUAUAUGAGUUGGGCCGGGAUAUGGCAAAGCAAUUGAUUUGCGGUACCAUUCUAUGUGAUCUUCCACCAACUACAGACCGGUUCUUCGGUAGAGGAACUGAGCUUUCGGAGAUGAUAGCAUGCCUCGAAGCCACAAGUCAACGAAAAGGCGUCGUUAUUUGUGGAAUAUCCGGAUCUGGCAAGACACAGCUGGUUCGCGAGUAUAUUGCACAACGGAACGGAAAAUUCUCUGCCAUCUUAUGGAUCGAUUCAUCCUCAGACGAAAUCAUAGAAGAGUCCUUUUUAACUUGCUCGGACCGUAUUUGCGAAACAUACCCCGAGUUUCGGGCAGGGAGGGAGAACUCUUCAUCGCGUCAGCUUGUUCUAGAAUGGCUUCGAACAGCGCCCAACGGGAACUGGUUGACUGUGAUCGAUAACGCCAAUGGCCCUAUCCCGAACAGGCGCCUAUUGGAGCCGUUUCUGGACAUGAAUCAUGGUUCUUUAUGCGUCCUUUCGACAAAUCUAAUUACGGCAAGAGCUCUGCGGCUCAAACAAAUUCUUGUUGAGCAUCUGGACAUCCAGGCGUCUCAGUCGCUUCUCUUGUGGAGAGCUUACGAGGACGGUGUGGAUCAUGAAGCAGAUGUAUUUGGACCUUUCGCGAUUCCUCUCUCACUCGUGUACAACCUGGAGCUGAUUGAAGUUGAUGGUAAUGAAAAUCAGGGCCCAUGGGAACAGCUGCAGGCUCUAGCCAAGAGCAAGAUCAAACUCAACAAGGCCAUCGACGAGCUAAGCCAAAUCUUUCUUGCGACCAAGAAGCAAGCAAACGACCAUACUCUGCUGUCAUUCUCCCUCCAUACUUCCAUCUGCCAGUGGAGACUUGCUACCAUGGAAGACCGAGACACCUGGAUCAUUCAAGCAACUUACAGUCUCUCAAGGCACAUUCUAUCAGUGCACGACAAAUGUGAAGUCUUAAGUUUAUUCAACAUAUUUAACCGUUGUCUGGAUCUGUUGUGGAAGCACGUCGAAGCACGCGAUAUCGACAUAUAUGGGAGGUUUGCCGAGGCCUACUUUACGGUAUGUCUAUGUGGCGCUGAUGUUUACCUUUUGAUGGGGAAGUCCGAAAUUGCCAAGACUAUGUUUACUUCGGCGAUCGAGUAUAUUCGGUCCUCAAGCCGAGGAGACCCGGAUGAGAAAAUACUUCUGCAGCUUCUUUGUGGUUUGGCAAGAUCGUGUGAGAACACAAGGGAGUUUGAAAUAGCUGAAGAGGCUUUGUCAUCAGCUGCGACCAUCUCAGAGCGCUUGAACGGCCACAUGAAUGAUCAAACCGUCAGUCUUGUUUCACGACUUAAAACGGUGAGAGAUCAUAUGUUGACCGAGCUGGAAAAUCGCAAGCGGGCUUUGAUUGCUAGCACAGGACCAAAACUUUCGCCGACUUCUAAUGCGCAUUCCUUACUCGAACCUGAGUACGAGAACCUUGACCAGCACCAGAGAGAAAUUAUUCCUGAAAAAGGUGGCCAUGACUCUUCUACUAAAGCUAGCUCCUCCACCCUGGAGUCAAUGGAUCGUCUGCUAGACUUGGCUUGGGAACUUCGUUUUAACGACCCUAUUCUUGUCUUUAGCUUACAAGACGAUGAAAACCCGUUUUUAGGUUUAACUGAUGCUUCGCCAAUGACCUUUCAGGGUAGGCUGAACAUCACGACAUACAAGCCCGUUGAUAUCAAGUCGAUCUACAUUGAAAUCAGUGUAUCCGGAACAGCCCAGAAUGAUACGGAAGACUGGAAACUUAGAAAAGGAAAACAACGAAGUGGAGAUGGCCUUUACUUCCAAUGCUGGAGACUUAGGCUCUUCGAUGCCCAUGCCAUCCCCGACACAAAAUUUGGGAAUUGCACCUUUAUUCUCGAUGAAGGGAACUCGCAAAGAAAUUCAAGAAGGCCUGAGAAUGACGGUGUUGCUAUGGCAGAGCAUGUUUCCUUCCCACCUGGGUCUUACAGUUACCCGUUUGAGUCACCCAUUGAUUGUCUUUAUGCCCACGCCGAGAACUGCUUCAACCAACACACCAGGUGGACUGUUUCACCUCAGGAAACAUUUACCGGUCAUUCAAAUUCCGAAUCAGCUGAGGGAGAAGAAAAGCAUUCCCAGGAAUAG